AUGACAUCUGAGAUUGACUCACUUAGACAAGAAAAUGCCAGACUUAUGGCUGAGAACGCUGAGUUUAAGACCAAAUAUGACGAAGCCAAGGGUGAGAUUACAAAGCUAAGGGCCGAGCUCAGAAAUAGAAUCGAGGAAUUAGAAAAGGCUAGAAUAGAUACUACCGUCGAGAAUACUAGACGUGAUGUUGAAAAUUCAGGCAUGAUGCCGAGAAUGCUGAGCUUAAGGUUAGAGUUACAAAGUUGGAAGAAGAUUCUAGACAUACCAGACUCCAUAGUAGCAAAUAAAAUAGUACCUGCCAAUUCAAAGUCAUCAGAGAAAAAGAUCAUGAACUCUUUUCUGGAUGAGGUGAAUAAGAAAAGAGUUAGUGAUGAAAUUAGGCAAAGAAAGUGA